UUUUAUUUAUUUCGUCAUUAGUUUUGGAUUAGAUGUUGCUAAAACUUUAAUGUAUCAAGUUUGUUUUUUUUUAAUUAUACCUAUGAUGUUUAAUCAUUGGUAAACAAAUAAUAUGAUAGUUGAGUGAAAUCAUGAAUAGCAAAAAGUGAGAAUUACACCUACCGCAAGUUUUUAUUUGUCCAGACAAAGAAUGCAAUCUACUAAAAUGAAAAAGAGCUCCAGUGGCUUGAAGAUUCUCUGGAUUCCAGGCAGAAAGAAGCAUAAUCGCAAAGGAGUCUUCAACCCAACGAAGAACAACAUUCCACAGUAUCAUGCGAACCAGCAGCGAAAAAACCAGCCCUGGUCCCUGGGAGGUACUAGCGGUCAGAACAAGAUUAUUAAUGCUGAUCUUCACGACAACUUAGAUGUAGGCAUGGCUACCGCAACAGGUGCCGUGGGUAUCGGCUCGAUUACAGCGAAUAACAUUGGAGAGGCUAGCGAAAGUAACAAACCAACGCCACCAUUGGCUGAUGGGAGCACUUCGUGUAGUGUUGAAGGAACGGAAGUGGUAGAACUUGUUAUUCUAAAUGAUUUGAAUGGUGAUAUGAAUAAGAAAGACAUUCCAAGCAAUAAUCAAUUCGAUACACUCGAGCUAAUUGAUGAAUGCGAGGAGAAGGAUCGCAACUAUUCCAACGCAGAAUCGUCGUCUUCGCUACUUUCUUCGAACAACGAUAGCCGAUCGGCGGAUUUUAUGCAUAAUUCGGCAACAUUAGCGAUUGGUGAUAGUAGACGACUUCGGAGACGAAAUAGCUACAAUAAUUCUAAGAAAAACAGUUGUGCGAAUCUCGACUCGAUCGAUCAUAUUAAAGAUAACGACGCUGUUGAUGCGGUUAAAAUCCACUCCACUGCAGAUGAGCCGCGCUUGGAUACGUUUCGACAGAAAAAGAAAAAAAGCAAAAAGAAGUCACACUCGGAGUCAGCGGAUGAGGAAGAGGUCGAGAAUCGAACUCAGGUGAACGAAAAGCUCGUCACAUGUAUGUACUAUUCGCUGGUAUGUUGGGAUUGUAGUAUUUCAUAACAACAAAUUGGGUAGCUCCUGAAACAAAUCGCACACUUUAGUGGCACUUGCUCGAAUUUGGACGUAGGACUGUAUUUUACACGAAAAACAGAAACAAUAAUGCAGAUUUAGUUGUUGCCGUAUUUUUACAUGAACUGAACAAAGUUCGCAGUAUUUUUGAUACUGAUUUUCUACAUUUUUGAAACCAUUAUUAUUUAAAAUGCAAUUAUUACUCUGGUGGUGAGACGACACCUACUUAUAGCAUCUAAACAAACUAUACAAUACACUAUAUUAGUUGGAACCAUUGUUCGAUGAAUCACGA